UGGUAAGAGGCUGUGGUACUUACCGGGUUUGAGACUUGGAGAUUGUUGGGGAUGAUACUCGGCUGCAUCACAGAUUGGACACCGGUUGCAUUAGGACUCUGUAUCUCCGACAUUGCUGCAGGAAGACAUGGAGGCCAGGAUGCCAUGCCAGCUGGCAGGGUUGAGAAUGGCGCAACAGGCAAGCCACCUGCAGGUGCAGGUGUGUCAGCUUCUGCGAACUUUGCAAAACCUGCUGGUGUGGGAUGUUCUGCUGGAUCAACAAGCACAGGUGUGGACCCAGCAGUUUCGUCUGCAGAUGCGAAGAUAUCGGGAGGCACAAAGAGACCACACGAAGGGUCCAUUGGGUGUGCAGGCCAACCUGCAGGCUCAGACAAGAAGGUGACAGCAAUGGGCCCCCCAGAAAGAAGGAAGCGGAAACUGUGGACAACAGAGGAGGAUGAAGCGCUUCUUGCAGCGGUGGAAAAGUGUGGUGAAGGCAACUGGACCAACAUCCUUAAGGGUGCAUUUACAUUGGAGAGGACAGCAGCACAACUGUCACAACGCUGGGCAUUAAUUCGGAAGCGGAAAGACCUGUUGGCUGCAGCAAAAGCUCGGCGAGUAGCCUCAAGUGCAGUGAUUCCAAAUCCAACGCCACCAAUUACGACAACACCCGCUACAGACGCUGCAUUGGCGUCCUUGAAAUCAGAAAGUGUCUGUGCUACUACAGGGCAUGGGCGUGGUAAUGGUAUUCAAGUGGAUAGCGGCCCUCAAGAUCGCACCCCUGGCAGAUGUACUAUGAUGGCAUGUGCACUUUCAUCCACAUCUGCUCUGGUGUCUCAGACAGGGGCAUCAAUACCAGCAUCAACUUUGUGUUCACGUACCUCCCUUGCAGAGGCAACACGGAGUAGUGAUCUGCCAGUGUUAGCAGGGAAAUUGGAAAUGCCUUCAGGAGGAGCCAUGUCUAUGACCAAUGCUGCCGAGCAAACGGUCCAGUCGCAAACACUUCCAGCAUGUGGGACCUUGUCCGCAAUGUCAGGUGCCGCGUCGAAUCUCAGUGCGAGUGCUGCCCAUGCUGGACAUGCCAUAGGAACCCCAACUGAUGGGACUGCGCAAGGGAUGGUUGCUCCUGCCCCUCCCAGUGCUGCAGCUGGAGUCAGGACGCCGAUGGUAGUUGGGGUGUCUGCGAGCAGUUCUUGGGGAUGGCAGAACACACCAAUGCAUGCGCCAGGAGGUGCAGUUCUGGGUACCCAGGGCAGAGGUGGAGGACACUACAGCUCUUCACAGCCCUCUCAACCUGCGCAGCCACUGUCUACAGGUGUGUCCAUGCCCAGCAUGGCUGUUGGAGUCGGUGUUGGAAUGCCAUACCAGAUGGGUAUGGGAGGUUCUAUAGUUUCACCUGCUGGGAAGCCAGCAAUCACUGAUGCAAGCGAUGUGAGAAACCGCACACCUAAUCUUGCGAGUUGUUUGCAAGGGCAACCGGCCCUUUCAGGGAUGACCACAGCUGCAACGGGGAAGGAAGGGGGUAGAGGACGAGGGUCUGGGAGUGGUGGGAAGGGAAAUGGGUCUACUUCAGCAGGGAGGCUCCCAGCUGGUGGGAGAGUGGUUGCUCCAGGAGUGAUGGUGAUGAGUGCUGCUGCUGCCCAGGCUGCUUCGGUUGGUGGAAGUGAAAUGUGGUCUGCUGCAGCAAUUGCUGCUGGGCGGGGGGUGGGAAAAGUCAAUGCUGGAGUUAGCACUAGUUCAUACACCGCCAAUGAUGUUUCUGCUGGCUCCACGAUUGGUCCUGCUGCCUCCACCAUGGGUCCUGCUGCCUCAGCCACUGCCAGUGCUGGCAAUGCUCCAGGCAGACGGCAAGGUGCUGGCCGAGGCAGCACCGCUGAUCAGUCUGUACAAGUCGUUCCCGUGGCUGCUGCUGCUGCAGGAUCAAGGACCGCAAGUCCUUCCCAGGCCGUGCGGAUUGUGAAGUCACAGCAGCCAACCGCAGGAAAGGGUGUUCUUGUGGGAGCAACAUCUGGUACAGUGAUGCAUCCAGCAAGUGGAUCUGGUUCACUUACAGGUGUGCCGAGUGCAAUCACUCCCGUCUCUGGAAUGGCAAGGGGCAGUGUUUCAGCAUCUGGACGUGGUGCAAGCAGGGGGAGCAGUGGCUCAGGUCAUGCACCCCAACAGCCAUCCCAGCCAGGAAUCCCAAUCAAGCCUGUGCAACAGACAGUGCACUUGCAGAAUCAGCAUUCUGCCGGUGGGCUGACUGCAUUGCCAGUCUCUUUGGCACCACAAUUACCUCAACAGUCCAUAUUGUCAACUCAACAUCCCUCUCCUCCACAACAAUUAGAUGCAAUGCCUCCCCAACCACCACCAACUCCAAUGCGACAGCUGGCUCAUGUCGCACAACAGAAGCCGUCACAGGUUGCACAACCAAUGGGGCCACCUCCUCACCAUCCACCUCCAGCUCCUAAUCUUCCCACGCCCUCCUUCCCACAGCCACAGCCCUCGCUGCAACAGCCAGCUUCAUUGCCAUGCCCCCCUCUUCAUGUGGUACCAUCUGUCAAGUCACCGCCGGGGCCUCUGCAAACCCAGCCACAGGUCAUGCACGUGAACCCCUUAUCAGCUGCCACACUGGCAAAUAAAGAUAGCAAAUUGCCGCCAUCCUUGCACCAGCCAUCCUCGCAACAAGUACAGCCGUCUCCAUUGCCAUGCCCUUCCGCUGCUGCACUGGUGAAUACAGAGAGCCAGUUGCUAUCAUCCUUGCAUCAGCCAUCUGGUGUGGGGCAAGAACAAGUGAAGAAUCAAAGUGGCAACCAUUUGGCAGGACUUGGAGGAGCUCAGGGACAGACAAAGUCGAGCGCCUCUACAGCUGUGCAUAAUAACACAGUUACGGAAGCAGCUGUAAAUCAGACAGCCAGCAGUAUGGGUUCAGGAGAGCCUUCUGCGGAAUUGGUGAGGAAUUCUGGGGCAGGAAAAGUUCCCCCUACAUUGCUACACAAUACCAAAGGGCAGCAGUCAUCCGAGACUGCAUCGUUUAUUCAGGCAUCAGGCAACUGUUCAGGGCCCUCUUCUCCACCCUCUCUUCACCCACUUCCCUCAUUGCGAACCCCAAUUAUUUGCUCUCCACCUCCACAUCCUCCACCUCCCCCACCCCCUCCAUCUUCACCUAUGGGUCAUGCUCCCGCAUCCGCUCCUGUCCCUUACGCUCUUUCUUGUGAUCACCGUCUUCAAGGUCAUACGAAGCAGUCACCUCAGGACAGGGUCUGCCCUGCAGUGUUGAGCCCACCCGCAGCUCCUGUUGCGCCGAACAUGAGCUCAGCGAAUAUGCUGUUGCCACAACUUGCACACGGCAGAGAAGAUCAUGCGGAGCCGCAACACCAAACGGGAAAAUGUUUCUCUGAGCCACGUUUGUCUCGAGAAACAUCCUCCCAUCCAAGUGAGAUCGGCCAUCAGGGUUCAUUAAACCGUGGGAUAGUUGGAUCCAUGCCAUAUGCGAUGAAAGGCAGUAGGAGUGAAUCGCAGACAGAAGGAAUGCGAAAUUCGUCUGGACAGGAGAGAGUGCCCCAGUCAGGAGGAGAGCGGAACGAUGUGUCAGACUUUGGACUGAGCAAUAUUGGGGAGCCGUUUUCGCUUCCUGGAGAGAAGCCUGUCCUUCCCGCCCCAGGUCCUAGUGGUCGUGAGAUACGGCCGGAACCAACAUGGCGGCAGCAGAGAAGCGACGACUCCUCUGUGGCGGAUGUUUUGCUCCCAGUGGCACUGACCAAUUUGGGAGAGGGCAGGCUUCUCUUGAGCGACCAGAAGCAACUAGCAAGGAAUGCACAAAACAGCCCUAUGUUUGGACCUGCAUGCACAGAGUUGCCGUCUGCUAAAGAUGUUGAUCGUAAGAUUUCUGAAAAUGACUGACCGGGUAGAAUGUGGCUGGUGGCGUGGCAGGUUGGAUGCAUUCAUUAGCAGAGGCGGAAUUCAGGAGUCGUUUGUUAAGGUGAGAAAUUUUCAGUCUUUUGUUAAUGUGAUAAUUUUUCAAUCAUGAGGUAAUGGAUUGUGGCAGUUCCUGGACUGAUGAUUGCAAUCUCAGCUCAGGGGGCUUAUUGCAGUGGAUGCUUGGUUUGACACUAAACAGUUUGGCCUAUGUUAUUUUCAGUGCCAUAUAUUUCGAUGAAACAUGGGUUCAGGUUGUUAGCGGACAUGACGAGAAGGGAGAUCUACGGAUGCAACAGUGAGCGGGGCGCUUCUCUUACUCAUGGUCUUGGUUCUGGUUCAUUAUUUUCUCGCAUUGGUGGAGUAUGUUCUUACACCUGACCUAAUGUACCAAUUUGUCUUGGAUUAGUUGAUGUUGAUUGGACCGAAGCUCGAAGACCGUCAUAGGAUUGAGGUCUUUGCAAUAAUGCCAGUGCAGAGCUCAUGGCUGAAAAUUUGGGGUGGAGGAGGCUUUUAUUGCUAGGGUGUAGUGUAAGUGGGUUAGGUGCCAUUUUUGGCAGAAUUGCGGGGUGAUGAUUUAUUUUUUGUCAAUAUCUGGGGCCAGUGGAGGGGCUGAGCAGCCAAGGCAAACGGUUUGAAGCAAAGCAAGCUGCAAACAGCUGCAUCAGCCCUCAGGAGGCAAAGCCAAAGCCUUAGAUGUGGCAGACAAACAUCUUCAUCAGCCCUCUGCAGCCGAACGUUUACAAAAAUCUCGCAGACAUAUUCUGCAGCCAUGAGCAUGUCUGUUCGUGCUAAUCAGUUUGGAGACCAAUACCUCUCUGUCUGCCGAAAGCUGGCAGAGAGCUGGUGGACAUAUCCAUAGAAAUUUAUCGGAUUUGUCCACCAUUGUUUUGAUUUUGUGAAUCCAUUAUAGCAAUGUAAUGAACCUACCCUUAUGGAAGGCCUUUUGUUUGAGCAACAAAUCUCUUAUCCCUCC